AUGCAAGACUGGCAGAAUACAGGCCAGACAGGCGCAGGCCAGGAUCAGAACGCUCUCUGGUCCGAUUCAUACAGCUACCAAGAUGGCGCCAAUCAAUUCGAGAAUGUCCAGAGCUGGUCACACCCGAUGCCAGGACAGGAUGCGUACUCCCAGCUCGGCUCCUCGCAUCAGGGACAGCCAACCAUCACCAAUGAUCACGAUACCAUGUCAACAUUGAGCCACGGGGGGUUUCAUCACGGCUCAAAUCAGUUCGCGCUCGAUGGAUCGUACUCACAACCAGCACAAGACCAGUCAAUGCAGGCUCUAGAUAAUUUCCAUCAAGACAUAUACAGCCAGCCUGCGAGUCUUGGCCAGCAUCAUAGCCAAACUCCCAGUAAUGGCCAUGGCCAUCCCCAGCAGUUCUCUCAGGCUCCUUACCAGUACCAGGGGCAAGGUGCAUCUGCCUACAACAGCCAGGUGCCGACAUUUCCGGAGGCCCAAUUGAUAACCCAACAACGCCAGCAGAGCCACACGCCCAUACAACAGCACCCGCAGUUUGACUUGAGGCCGCAAACAUACUCUCCAGCGCAAGGCUUCUCUCAACCCCAACAUCAACAUCAACUCCAACCACACCUCCACCAACAGCAGCAGCAGCCACGUUCUCUUCAACCUGACAGGGUAUUCUCCGGCUCACCACAUCCUUACCAAGCCCAACCAAUCGCUGCACAACAAAGCACACACCAGAACGUCCAGGCUCUACCCAACCCAUCACAGGUGCCGUAUGAACAGGCCCAGUUCAUUCCUCAGCAGCAAAUGGGGUAUUCUCAUCCAAGCUCAACAGCAACCUUUCAGCCACUCGCCCGCCCACCUACCGAGCUGAAGCCACAGUCCCAACCUCAAGUGCAACACCAAGCCUCGGCCGGCUUUUCAGCUAGCCCUCAGCCGCUGGACCAGCAAUCCAUAGUAAGCGUUCCGUCCCCUCAGACGGUGUCGCAAGCUGGCUUUCAGGAGUCACUGCAGGCUGAGCAAGCAGCCAAGAAACGAAAGCGUACUGUGAAGAAGGAGUCAGAGCCAGAGUCCGCCGGUUCUCCACGGCCAGUAAUCUUAAGAACAGCAUUCGACAACAAAGAGAGUCUCGUACCCCCCACAAGCACAGAUGACGAGCUGGCCGCCGUUGUCCAAUUCGCCAAGCGGCCUGCUGCUGCGAAAAAGGCUUUCCCUCUUGUACCCGGAGCACACUAUCUCAUAUCGACGGAAACGGCAAAACUCCCAACACCCAAAAGCUACGACAGAUUAGCUCCUCUUGUCGCGCUACCAUCACAGAGUGGCAGACGUAUACUUCCUGGUGCCAAUCAUGAGCUCCCCUGCGAAAUACAGGGAAAGUUCACAGACAAAUACAAACCGUCUCUGAACUUUGUAGGAAAGCCGGAAGACCGAGAGAGAGAGGCGAAGCCAUUCAUCGACCAAUACCAAAAGGAAAUGAAAGCGCUUGGCAACCGGAAGCCUAAAUAUGCCGAUUACCCCUUCACCUUCCAGGAGCAGCUGAAAGCCGACGAAGCUGCCAAGGCCAAGGCGCAGCGGAAGGCGCGGAAAGAGGAGGAAGAAGAACGCAAGAAGCCCAUACGACCCGAGGUCCGUCCAGUAGACCCAGUAGAGGCUGCGGCCUGGGAUGUGCUCGGCAUUGUGUACAUCGAUCCAUCUGCUGUUCGUACCAAUGCCCUGAUCGCUGGUGCUGUGCAAAGUCUUGGUGAGUUCUUCAUCAAGUUGAGAGCCGCCAUGACCAAGGCCAAGCAGGAGGUCGAUCAGGCGGUCAAGGAGAAACGGCCAGAGAGCGAAGUGGCCCAACUGCAGAAGGUUGGUGAGCAGAAGAAGGACAUGUUCGUAAAGGUCCUCGACGCCGCCCAUAAACAUGGCGAUGAUGCUGUGGUGGAGAACCUUGGCGGACAUCAGAAGGGCGUUCUGAGCCUCGUGAAUCUCUUGAUCGGUUGCAUCAAGGCGACCGACUACUCUGGCCCUCUACCCAAAGCCACACUUCGAUUCAUGUCCAAUAUCAACUUGACGAAAAAGGUUGCCGACGCAGUCAACUUUGAGACGGUUCGGAAGAGAUUCGCAGACAAGGGCGACAGCGAGGUCAAGGAACUUAUCAAGACAGUGGCAUCUCGCAUCAAGAAGGAAGAGCCCGUCAAUGGAGCGGAUGCCAAAAAGUCUGCCGCCAGUGCGCCUGUUACGAAACUUGUCAAACCUGGCGUCACCAGCAAGACGCCUGUUGCAGCAUCACCCACAAAACGACCUCAUGAAGACGACACAGACUCCCGCCCCGGCAAAAAGUUGAACGUCGAGGGAACAAGCAGUGUCCUCGGUGCCAAGGUUGGCACCAAGCCUCAGAUGGGCACCAGCCUUCUCUCGAAGCUUGCCGGCACUAAAGCCCGUCCCGCGAACUCGUCUACUCUAGCUGGCAAGAACCGGCUCCUCAACAAGACCGUGAUCAAACCAGAAGGAAGCGCAUCCAAGAAGGAUACCAAGCAGAGUGAAGUCCCCGAGACACCUGAAGAGCAAGCGAAGCGUCUGCGGAAAGAAGCCCGUCGCAAGCUGCGCGUCACUUGGAGGCCAGAGGCAGAGCUCGUUCAAGUCCGCAUUUUCCACAAGGAGGCGGCAGAGGACCAGGAUAAUAUGACAAGAGAUGCGGCCGAUGACCGUUCGGAAGGUAUGAUGCUGAAGCAGCGUGGCAACUAUACCGAGGACGACGACGAAGAUGAUGAGCUGCCCUACCGUCCCUGGACUGACCCAACACCGACGGACCUCUCUACCAUUCCCAAGGACUUCCGAGACAAGGCUUUCGUGACGCGCGGCGGGACCCAGACUUUCCACACUGAGGAGCAGGACUCCAUCAAAGAGCGGGAGGGAAGGGAGCUGUUGUUUGUUUACACGUCAAUUUCUGAUAUUCCGCCAACCCCCAAGUCGCCCGUCCCCGAACCAUCUCUUCCCGACUCGGGUGCCAAGAUUGGCCACUUGCCGCGCGAUGGUCCCAAAUACCAAGAAAUCCGCAACCGGUGGAGCGACAUUGCGAGCCAGGGACCUGAUGCAGCGACGUACUACGCUGCCAAGCGUCUGCAUCAACUCAAGGAUGAUCCUGCAGCCAAGAUCGACUCGCUCCUAGGCAAUCUUGUGCCAGCACCACAGGAGCAGACGGCGGAGACGUACAACUACAACAUGACACCACCGCAACAACAUGCGAAGCCUCUCUUCCCGCAUGCAACGCAAGUGCCACCAAUUCCUCAUGUUCCCGCUCCCGAGCAGGUUCUCAGCCUUCUUGCGUCGGAACGAAUGAGGCUGUGGCGCUCAAGAGAUCCUUACAGCACAACAACGCCCAAGACGCGUCGGCGUCACGACUAUCCCGAUCCCGGUUUCCAGGCUAUGGUAGACGCUCUCGAAGAGCUAUUUGCAGUAGCAAAGGACUGGCCGUUUCCGGCCACCGCGCCUCCCGCAUGGCUGGCCAACAACGAAGAGCGAUCACGAGAGUGGCGCACAGGGCUCAGACCCGCCCCGCAGAGCAACGAGGAAGCCUGGGCUGCGUACUAUCAGCAGCAGCAGCAGCACGAGCAGUACGCGCAGUACAUGGCUCUCCUUCAGCAGGCGCAGCAGGGCACCAACGGGCAGGGGCCGCAGCUGGGCGAUGCUCAGUUGCAGGCUCUUCUCGGACAAAUCAGCCUGCCUCAAGCCCAGACCCCGGGCGGCGGUGGCGCAUACGAGCUUAACCCCAACGACCAAGGGUACCAACAGCUGAUGGCGCUCUCGCAGCUUCAGCAGCAACAGCAGCAGGCGCCAGCACAACAAGGGCGCGGGCGGGAGCACGGUGGCUUCGAGCCGCCGCACGACCCGAACGCACUGGACUAUGACGACCUGGAUUACCGUGAUCGCGGCGAGAGGCGCGACAGCUUCGAACACGACGAACGCGAUGGGGGCCGACGGGACAGAGACAAGAACGGCAAGCGCAAGGGCAACGCGCCAGGCGGGGCGACGUUGGCGCCUCAUCGGCCGGCGAACAAGGCGCUCAUUGGGACGAAACCGUGCUCGUUCUGGCAACAAGGCAAGUGUGCCAGGGGUGAUAAGUGCACCUUUAGGCACGACAACUAG